AUGGCGCUGCUGGAACCCUGGAACGGCGACCUGAGGAAGAUCAGGGAUAAUCUCGAAGAAAGUCCGCAGCAAGCCGCCCGAGCCUUGGGAGCGCUAGAUGUUCGCCGAGAGCGUCAGGAGGACACGCUGUCGAAGCACUUACGGGACGCCACGAAUCCCCUGGAUUUCUCCCCGGUGUGGAAGGAGAAGCCUAUCCGGGUCAUAUCCGCCUUCUGCUUUGACGAAUUCUCCAAGACCGGGACGGGAGGCGGCGUAGACGGGUUCGCCUCGGUAUAUCUAACGCUGCGUGAACGAGAUGGGGACGUUCUGUCGCGAAACAAGCGGCCCUCGACCAGCUCGGGCGGGAUACGAGAGACCUCGAGCGGGCCGCGCUCUCUGUCUGCCAUCUCCGUCUCGCAAGUUCCAGCCGAAUUCUUAGCGAUUCCAGAACUCCGCAGUCUACCGGGGCCCCCGCUCCGAGUCCGCAUACAGGGCGAGGAACUCCGUAGCGCCAAGAUCUGGUCAAGCAGGCCGGCCUCUUCCUUGCGACGACCAAGUUCGGCGGCACGCCCGUCGAGCACGUCGUCGCUGCGAUGGGCCCGGCCCCAGGCAGUAAGACCCGCCGCUUCGUCCGCCGGCUCGCCGCGCGCCGCCGAGCCCGUCGAGGGCGGCCUGCGCGAGCACCACAUGGUGAAGGGCUGA